UCAUUCCUAAUUUCUAAUUUCCCGAUCUUACCUAACGGCCACCUAACUUAAAACUUUAUUAUUUAGCUUUUGAAUUUUAAUAAUUUUAAAUAUAUCUCAGAUCUCAAAUUCUGUAAUUUUAAUGUAUACUCCAUAUACUGUAUCUUAGGUAUAUAUUAAUAUAAUAAACAAAUAUGACAAUUCCGGCAGAAUUCCAAGCUGUUGUUUUAGCAGCUGGAAAAGGUUCACGUAUGUUAGAAUUUACAUCUGGAAAGCCAAAAUGUUUACUUCCAAUAGGAAGUAAACCACUUAUUUGGUAUACACUCAGCAAACUUCAAAAAUCGGGAUUUACUGAGGUCAUUAUGAUUGUUCUUGAACACCAGAAAACAGAAAUUCAAAGUGCAAUCGAUAUCGAAAUAGAAAAAAAUACUUUAAACAUUAAAAUAGAUUAUGUUUCUGUUUUGGAUGAUAAAGAUGAUUUGGGUACAGCAGACAGUUUGAGACUGAAGGAAAUACAAGAGAAAUUAAAAUCUGAUGUUUUGAUUUUAUCUUGUGAUCUCAUUACAGAUGUAGAUUUAUCAGGCGUUUUAAAUACAUUUAGAAAGUAUAAUGCUUCUGUUACCACAUUAUUUUUUCAUUCACAGAAUUUAGAGCAUUCUGUUGUCCCAGGCCCUAAAUCAAAAUUUAAGCCUGAGAAGGAUUUAAUUGGUAUUGAUGAACAGAACAACCGUUUAGUGUUUUUAGCUUCUGCAAGUGACUUUGAGGAACAAGUACCACUUGCUACAAAUCUCUUAAAAAAACAUCCAAAUAUUAAUAUAUACAGCACUUUAGUUGAUUCACAUGUGUAUGUAUUGAAAAACUGGGUAAUACAAUAUUUAAAAUCAGAAGAUAACUUCAUGUCCCUUAAGGGAGAAUUGAUACCAUAUAUUGUUAAAAGACAACUUUCAAAAGUUCCAAAAUCCACUGACACAAAUGUAUCAGUUGUUAAUACUAAGGAUAGUAAUGAUAUAUUUAGCUUUGCUGUUGAAGAUCAACUUGAAGUAGAUAUUAGGGAGGCAUCUCCUUAUAGUUAUCACAAAGGAAAUUUAGGAUCCACAUAUAGUGAUGAUCCAAUUAGGUGCUAUUCUUAUAUUGCUCCUAAGGGAUCAAUUGGUGUAAGAAUUAAUACAUUACCAGCCUAUUGGAAUAUAAAUGGGAAGAUUCAUGAAAUUUGGGAGAGAGUAUCAAAUCAAACUGAAAUGAUUAAUAAAAGUCAAACUGCAGAAAUAAAAUCAAAUCAAAUAGAUGACAAAUGUAUAAUUUGGGAUGAGGCAAAAUUGUUUGAAAAAACGUCAUUUAAAAAUUCCAUCAUUGGAGCAAAAUCUACUGUUAAUAGUUUUAGCAGAGUUUUUAACAGUAUUGUUAUGAAUAACGUAGUAAUCAAAGAAAAAGUUGCAAUAGAAAAUAGCAUAAUCUCUGAUAAUGUUGUCAUAGAAAGUGGAUCUAAAAUUAAAAAUUGUAUAAUUGGUAAUCACCAUCAAAUACCUGAAGAAUCUGAACAUAUAAAUGAAAUACUUACAGAAGCCUUAAUGCAUUUUUAAUGUACUCCAAUAAACGUGUAUAUAGAGUUGCA